AUGUCAUCAAAUGUACGUUCAGGGGUCUUGACUUUGCUUCAUACAGCAUGUGGCGCAGGCGUGCUAGCUAUGCCGUUUGCAUUCAAGCCGUUUGGGUUAAUGCCAGGUUUGAUAACGUUGACAAUCUGCGGAAUAUGUUCCUUAUGUGGGCUGCUGUUGCAGACCCGAAUAGCGAAAUACGUACCCAAAUCAGAGAACGUUUCUUUUGCUAAGCUUACGCAGCUAAUCAACCCUUCACUGAGUAUAGUGUUCGACUUUGCCAUAGCCGUUAAGUGCUUUGGUGUUGGUGUGUCUUACUUAAUUAUUGUUGGUGACCUGAUGCCGCAAAUUGUUUCAUCAAUCCUAUAUCGUGACCAUGAUAGUACUGGUGGACCGCAAGAGCAUCAUGGGAUUUUGGACAGGCGCUUGUACAUUUCUCUGAUUAUGCUAUUCGUCAUUGCUCCCUUAUGCUUUAAAAAAAGUCUGAAUUCUCUUCGACAUGCAUCCAUGAUUGCCAUUAUUAGCGUUGCAUACUUGAGCGGUUUGAUUAUUUACCAUUUUCUAAAUCGACAUCAGCUAGAAAGAGGACAAGUUUACUUUAUGGUUCCUCAUAGAGAUACUGAGUCCCAUGCACCUUUGACAACACUGCCAAUUUUUGUCUUCGCUUACACAUGUCAUCAUAAUAUGUUCAGUGUUAUUAAUGAGCAAGCAGAUAAGGGUUUCAGGAUUCUCAAGAGGAUUCCAAUCAUUGCUAUUUCGUUGGCCUUUGUUUUAUACGUUAUCAUUGGUGGGGCAGGUUACAUGACUUUUGGUAAGAAUAUUGUUGGGAAUAUUCUCACUUUAUAUCCAAACUCCGUAUCCACCACAAUUGGAAGAUUGGCAAUGCUGUUAUUGGUCAUGUUAGCAUUUCCGCUGCAAUGUCAUCCUUGUAGAUCAUCCAUAAAAAACAUAAUUAUAUUCAUAGAAAACUUUAGGAAAGGCAAGCUACAGGAGAACAGGGAUGAUUGCAUCCCACUGGACGUUCUGAGCAGUGUUAAUUCUCAAGAGGAGUCAAGGCAGCAAAAUAAUGAACAGCAAAAUUUUCCAAGUGAAUCAUCAAGACAUACCAACAUUAUCACCCUUUGUAUCUUAGGGUCCUCGUAUUUAUUGGCCAUUUCAAUUACGUCCUUGGCUAAGGUCCUAGCAAUUGUUGGUGCUACGGGGUCAACAUCAAUUUCUUUCAUUUUACCAGGUCUCUUCGGCUAUAAACUAAUUGGUUCAGAAUAUAUCAGCAGAGAUGAAAGAGUACCCGCAAGCGUAAAAAUACUCAAAUAUUUGGGUUUACUUUUAUUUAUUUGGGGUAUAGUAGUAAUGAUAGCUUCAUUAUCGGCAACUGUAUUCUUAGGCACGUCAUCUCAUUAA